AUGAAAUCUACAGUAUUGAUUCUUCUUUGUUUGACGCUCUUGUUUUCACUGCUGGUAAAAGAGACUGAUUGUAUGGCGGCAAGGGCUGCAACCGGCAAAUACAAACGUGGGAAGGUAAUGACCAUUUUUUUUUUUUUAUUGUAAGCCAUUUUUUUUGUAAUGAUUGUUAAGAUGACAACUUUUCCCACAGGAAGGACGCUAAACCAACUUUCGAAAAUUUACUUUCCGCCUUUUUAGUGUUCAUUGUCAUGUUUUUUGCUUAAUUGGUGUUUGUCAUCACCCAAAAGAAAUUGUGGUCAUCUUUAAACUACAGAAAAACCUUUCAUGAUGAUUAAACCCUUGCUUGCUUCUUGAGAGGGGAGCUUUAUGAAAAUAAAGUUCACCUCUCACAAAGACUGGUUUAAUUAUUACACAAAAUAUGGUAUGGAAAGUUCAUGACUUUAAUUUCUGAGGCUAAUAAAUUCUAACACAGGGUGCCUACAUGUAUUUAAAAUGGUUUCCCUCUAAUACAGAAAUCAACCUUCUUUUUUUUUUCUCAGGAGACGAGGCUGAACUACCGGCGCAAUAUUUGUGCAGCCGCUCGUGAGUUGGAUUGCGCAUGCAAGCGGGAAUUAGAGGAAGAUCGACAGCAGGAGCAGUGA